CCCCGGGGUUUCCUUGAGUGUCCGGGGCGGCACUGCGUCUGUAGGGGCUCAGCCUGUCCCUUGGCAUCCCUUUGGCUCAGAGAAGGUCCCGCAGGAGGGGCUGCCCUCCCUGGUCUCCGUGGCCUGGAGCGUGGAGCACUGGCCAGGGUGGAUCCCCACCCCUGCAGUUGGUCGGUGAGUAAAGGGGUGAUUUCUGUGUCCUGCCUGGGUCUCUCUUCACCCUAUGUCUCCCUGUCUCCAGGUCUCUCUUCUGUUUCUGCCGCUGGCUCACGGGCUCCCAUCUCUGUCUCUAUCCCCCUCUCUCUGUGUCUCUGUGUCUUUGCCCGCUCUGGCCUUCCUCAUCCUUCUCCCUGUCCUCUUCCCCCUCCUGGGGUUUCCCCCCCGUCCUUGUCCUCGCUGCAGCCGGAAGGAAGGACUUGCAGUCAGGCUGUUGUGGGAAAGGCCACGGGGGCUCCACUUCUCUCUUUUGAGGCCUCUUCUCCCGCCCCCUUGCCCAGGGCCUCCAGAACCUCACACCCAACCCAGCUGUGACAGGUGAAGGGACCAGGGCUCCUCCACCAUCCCCACACAGCUCUCUGCUGGCUCCACAAACCGCCCAGGGAGUCAGACCCGGGGAAGGGAAAGGGGGGGCUUUGACCUGGGGCUGCGCGACCACCUCGGGUGGGACCCAAGGCCCCUGCCUCCCUGAGGUGCUCUCGGCCCCAGCUCCUGACAGCAGAGCCCGUGGACUCAUGGCCUCAAGACUUCUCCUGGUGCUUGCCCUCUGGGUGGGCUGCUCACCCUGCAGCGGGAGAGAAGCAGCCCCCACCCAGCCCAGGGUGCAGUGCCGGGCCUCUAGGUACCCGCUUGCCGUGGAUUGCUCCUGGACCCUGCUGCCCACUCCACACUCCGCCAAGCCCACGUCCUUCAUUGCCUCGUACAGGCGCGGCGUGGCUGCCCACGGGGAGAGCCGGCCCUGCCUCCAGCUGACCCCUGAGGCCACCAGCUGCACCAUCCCAGAUGUCCAGCUGUUCUCCAUGGUGCCCUACAUACUCAACGUCACAGCGGUCCAGCCCUGGGGAAGCAGCAGCAGCUUCGUGCCCUUUGUUCCCGAGCAUAUCAUCAAACCAGACCCUCCCGAAAGCGUCCGCCUGCGCCCCCUCCCUGGGCAGCGGCUGUGGGUGCAGUGGGAACCCCCCCGGUCCUGGCCCUUCCCAGAGAUCUUCUCACUCAAGUACUGGAUCCGAUACAAGCAUCACGGAUCGGCCCGCUUCCGCCAGGUGGGGCCUACUGAAGCCACAUCCUUCACCCUCAGGGCUGUGAGGCCCCAAGCCAAGUACUGCAUCCAGGUGGCUGCUCAGGACCUCACCGACUACGGGGAAGCAAGUGACUGGAGUCUCCCUGCUGCUGCCUCCAAGCCCCUGGGCAAAUAGUGGGGCUCCCCAGCCCCCCCCCCCCGCCCAGAAGAGGGGCUGGGUCCUUGACAUCCGCCUCCCACUGCCACCCACUCAAGGACGGACGGGAUCCAUCUGGCCUGGGUUCACUGCUGCCGAGUCGCUGCGCAUCACUGGGCAAGUGACUCUGCCUUUCUGAGCCUGUUUGUCGAUCUGUGAAAUGGGGAUGCACUUCUCCCUUAGGCCGCAGUACAGGGCUCUGUGAACUGUGAACUUCUGAUGUUUUUUAUUGUUUAACUAAAAAAAGAUUGUUG